AAUAAUAUCACUGUUACUUCCCUCAGCUCGGGGAGGCUGUGUUUCUCCAGAGACCUCUGUCGGGCCGCAGGCUCAUUUAUCAGGUCUUUGAAUCGGUGGCCAAGAAAUACGAUGUAAUGAAUGAUUCAAUGACUUUAGGAAUUCAUCGGGUGUGGAAGGAUAUCCUCAUGCAUAAAAUGAACCCUUGCCCAGGAACACUCCUCCUUGAUGUUGCUGGGGGAACAGGUGACAUUGCCUUUCGAUUCAUUAAUUAUGUUCGCUCUGUACGACAACGCCAGCUCCAGAGGAAGCUCAAGCAGCAUCAGAAUUUGUCAUGGCAGGAAAUUUUUGAGAGUUACCAAAAGGACAAAUUUAACUCACUUGGGGAUUCCCAAGUGGUGGUCUGUGACAUCAACAGAGAAAUGUUAAAAGUUGGGAAGCAGAAAGCACAGCAUCUGGGCUACUCUGAAGGCUUGUCCUGGGUACUUGGGAAUGCUGAAGAGUUGCCCUUUGAUGAUGAUAAGUUUGAUGUAUACACAAUUGCCUUUGGAAUCAGAAAUGUAACUCGUAUUGAUUUGGCACUUCAAGAGGCCUAUCGUGUGCUGAAACCAGGAGGAAGAUUUCUCUGCCUUGAAUUUAGCCAUGUCAGCAACCCUCUCCUUUCCAGGCUCUAUGAUCUCUACAGUUUCCAGGUUAUCCCUGUUCUGGGUGAGGUUAUUGCUGGUGACUGGAGAUCUUACCAGUAUCUGGUGGAGAGCAUCCGACAGUUCCCCCCUCAGGAGGAGCUGAAGGCAAUGAUAGAAGAUGCAGGCUUUUUCAAAGUGAAUUAUGAUAAUUUAAACUUCGGCAUUGUUGCCAUUCACUCAGGUUUCAAACUGUGAGUCUGUGUAGCAAAUCACCAGAAGUGUAAUUUUCAUGAGGGAUACGAAAGCUGUGGAAUUUUAACGAUAUCAAGAGUUCUAAGAACUUGUGCAGCAGGGCCUUGCUCAGCAGCCGGACUCAGAAGAACACAAGUUACCUCUGCCCACCAAGAAAGAGUGAUUCCAGUGGUGUUUCUUACACUUACAUUCCUCUUCAAGUGUAAUGUAAAGGAUAUGGCCAAAACUGAGCACUGCUAACAAGUGGAACAAGUUGGCAGUGGGUGUGGAUACAGAAACAAACUGAUUAGUCUCCAAAUAAGAUGCCUUUCUUUUUACUAAGCUUUAAGGAGGAUGUUAUACUUGUGAGAAGUAACUUGGAUUUAUGAAGUAACUAUGGACUUUUAUGAAGCUGUUAUUAUCUUUGUCAUGUGGAGUUUAAGGAUUUUUUCCCAUGACAUCUUUACUUCUUUCAAAGGCAAAUGAUGGAAGGCUUAUGAAAUAAAAGGGCUCUGAAUCAACUUAUUUCCACUUAAA